AUGGCUCAAUACUCGAGACCCACGACUCCCCUCAAUGGACCCGAUCAGACGUCGCAGUCUCAGUCCCCUGCUUCCCCUCUCAGCACCAACCAGCAAACGGAGGGACCCUCUCAGGAAGGCCCUUUGACCUCUCCUUGGACCGGCUACCAGCUCCAUCAGGACAUGAUGUACGAGCCUGAGCCUGUUUACCCCCCUCCUCGUUCCUUCUUUGGAAGUUCCGCUGAGCAGACCACCCUCGCAAAUGUCGGCCCCCGCUUCAGCGAUGCCAACCCCCCCUAUGCUCACUCCCCUGCGUCUCCCCAUUCAAGCCAUCGCUCUCAGGACGUUGGCCCCCGAUUCGGCAAUGUCGACUCCCCUCAUCCUCGCUCCCCCAUGAUUUCUCAUUCACGUUCACCAGACUUGGAGAAUGACGACAACGCAGACCUUGAACCUCUGAUGAAGUCCCCCACCGUGUCGUACAAGUAUGAUUUUCAGUUCGGAGACACGGAUGACGAGAUCAGGACCUUCCUCCGAGACAACGAAUCCGCCUCCAACGCAGACAAUCACAGCGACAUGCAAGCCGACGACAAUUACAACAAUUCUCAAGCCGAUGACGGUGACGCCGACACACAAACCCAUGACUGGCGAAACGUCAAUCUCCAGGACAUCUACGUCGAGAACGCCCCAGAUGUCUCAAGCCAGCCAGAUGAUCAGCUUCAAGAAAUUAUCAAACCACAGCAUCCAGAGUUGAAGAUGCAGGGUCGUCAGCCGUGGCGCCGAGUCACGAAAAAGGUCCUUGAGGAUGGCCGCAAACAGCUCGAAGAGGCGCUGUCAUGGUCACGAAGUGAGGAGGGUCAGAGGUGCCGGAGAAGGCACAGAGAGCUAGCCAGGGCCGAGAUCGCCAAGCACCGUCCUCCUUCCCCGGGCCCCGACGACGAUUUCGACCUCGACUGGGAGGAACCACCCACCGCAAGCGACGCCCUUGAGGUGGACAUUUGGGCCUCCACCACCUUUCAGCCCAAAAAGACGUUGUACACCGGCGGCUUUGGCUUCAAAGCCAACGAAGCAGUUGGCAAAGAUGCGUAUAAAGUAUCCAUUUGGGACAGAACCACCUUCCUGCCCAUGGAGACGUUGUACAGCGGCGGCUUUGGCUUCAAAGUCGAAGAGGUUGAUGAUGAGGAGGAGACUGUCGUCAGUGGCCUGGAGCCCACUGUCGAGGAGGCUGAAGAGGGCCUGAUGAAGGACACCGAUGUGUCCGCUGUAGCCAAGCACGGCAGGGACGAGUCGUCAGAUGAUGACAACUCUGAGGUGGACAUUUGGGCCUCCACCACCUUUCAGCCCAAAAAGACGUUGUACACCGGCGGCUUUGGUUUCAAAGUCAGAACACUCGACCGAGAUCUUGACGCCAUCCGGAAAGAGUCGGCGCGUGGAGAGGAUUUUGAAGUCGAGGAGGUUGAUGAUGAGGAGGCGACUGUCGUCAGUGGCCUGGAGCCUAUUAUUGAGGAAGCUGGAGAGGGCCUGAUGAAGGACACCGAUUUGUCCGCUGUAGCCAAGCACGGCGGGGACGAGUCGUCAGAUGAUGACAACUCACCCAAGAGGCAGAAGCGAUAG